AUGGCGGCGCCCGCGGAGGAGGCGGCGGCGGCGGAGGGCGGCGGGGGCGGGGGGGAGGGCGACGAUGAGGAGGCGCUGAGGCGGAUGGAGGCCCUGGUGUCGGAGCUCUAUCGCUUCCGGGACGCGCUGCCCGGCCGUGACCCCUCCUGUGACCCCGGCUGUGACCCCAAUGACCCCAGUGACCCCGCUGACCCUGCGGGUGACCCCGCGGGUGACCCCGCUGACCCCGCGGGUGACCCCUUGGUGGCCGAGAUGGAGCGGACGCUGCGCCUGAUGGAGCAGAUCCACGUCUCCCCCGCGGGGCGCGGCCGGGCGCUGGUGCUGCGGGCGCGGGCGCUGGGCGUGGCGCCGGCGGCGGGCGGGGCGCGGGCGGAGGCGGCGCUGGGCCGCGCCCUGAAGCUGGAGCCCGCCCUGGGCGCGGCCUGGCGCCAGCUGGGCGAGCAGCGCUGGCGGCGCGGCGACCUGCGCGGCGCCCGACAGGCCUUCGGCGGCGCCCUGCAGCAGGGCGAGGACCCCGAGGCGCGGCGCCUGCUCUCCAUGGCGCUGCGGGCGCAGGGGGCGGGGCCUGGCGGCGAGGGGGCGGGGCCAGCGCCGGGGGGCGGAGCCCUGCGCGAGAGCCUGGCCCAGGCGGAGGCGGCCGUCAGGUGUGACCCCAAGAACGGCCAGAGCUGGUACGUGCUGGCCAACGCCCACGUGGCGCUGUUCUUCGCGGGCGGGCAGAGCCCCGGCAGCGCCCGGCGCGCGCUCGCGGCCUACGCGCAGGCGGAGCGCGUGGACCCCGCGGCCGCCGCCAACCCCGACCUGCACCUGAACCGCGCCACGCUGCUGCAGUUCCUGGAGCGGUUCCAGGGGGCGCUGGAGGGGCUGAGCCGCGCGGCCGAGCUGGCGCCGGGCUGGGCCGAGCCCCGGCGGCGGCACCGCGGCCUCAUGGAGUUCCUGGGGCGGCUCUGCGGGCUGCUGGAGAGCCGGGGGAAGCUGCGCGGGAAGCGGCGCCGGGGCGUGGCCGGGCCGGUGCCCCUCCCCCUGCUGGGGCCGCUGGGCGGGGCCGGGGGGCCGCGCCCCUCCCCCAUCGCCGGGCUCCGCCCCGGGCCCAACCCCCAGCGCGUGGUGCUGGGCAGGGUCCUGUUCAGCCUGGCCCCGCCCGGGGGCGUGCCCUACGUGGUGGGGCUGCAGGACGGGGCCGGGGCCGCGGCCGCCGUGUCCGUGUUCAACGCGGCGCCCGCCUGGGGCGUGACCGUGGGCGACGCCCUGGGCGUGGCCGAGCCCGAGCUCAGCCAGCACCUGCACCAGCACCAGGGACAGACCUUCUCCUUCGUGGGGCUCCGCGUCCCCUCCCCCCUGUCCCUGGUGGUCAAUGGCCGCCGCCCGCCCGGCUCCGCCCUGGCCCCGCCCCACCUGGCGCUGACCAAUCCCGGCGCGCCUCUGCCGGCCCCGCCCCCCGCCGCGCGCUGACCACGCCCCCCGCGGGGCGGGGCCGAUUCGGGGCAAUAAACGUGGAUUUUGGGAAACCCA